CACUCUCCGGCUGUUGGUGUUACGUAAAAAGCGGAUGAGGAGAUGACAGUAAGUGAUAAGAAAGGGAAAAGAAAUUGCAGGCUUUGUCAUGAGCAGAUAGGUACUGCUGCCCAUGCUUGGGCAAGGACUUCUGGAGGACAGUGGUUGUGCUUCGUGACGAUGAGGGGGGAACUUGGAAAGCGCGAGACGGAGGAUGGGGCUGGGGUGGGUGGAUACCUUCCAUUUGAUGCCAAGAAGGCUUGUCCUGCGGGGCACAAAUCUGCCGCCGGCCACCGCCAAAAAUUUCGGGAAAGCUGCAUGGCCAUUGCUCCUGCGGUCCAUUGCCCGGCUCCAGUCCCACCGUCAUCGAUCACCAAUUGAACCAUAACCACAGCACAACAUGGCUGGCUCAUCAAUGAAGAAGCGCUCAAUCAGUGAUGGCCCCAAGGGCCGGGCCGCACGGCCGACCAAAAAGCAAAGAAAAAUAGCCGCCUACCACAGCAGCUCUGAAGAAAGUGGGAGCGACGAUGAAAGUGCACCCGUUCCCGCCAACCUGCUCGACUCGGACGACGAGGACCUAGACAACAUCGAGGUCGACGACGGCGCAUCCUCAGCCGGCCCCGCAUCCGACUCCGACUCACAGUCCGAAACCGAAUCAGCGCCAAAGCACAAACCCCAGACAAAAUCCUUCGUUGCCCGCGAGGCCCCGGCCUCCCCCGACUCCCCCGGCGGCGAGGAAGACAACUCGUCCGAAGACGACAACCAAGAUGAGCUCUCAGACGCCGCCAGCCACAGCGACGACGAUUCGGGGCCGGAGUCGCGGCGCGGGGCCAACGACACGCGGUCGAAACGCAACGACCCGGCGGCGUUCGCGACGUCCAUCUCCAAGAUGCUGGCGUCGAAGCUGCCGGCGUCGCGGCGGGCGGACCCGAUCGUGGCGCGCAGCGCGGCGGCGGCGGAGCAGUCGCGGCAGGCGGUCGACUCGGCGCUCGAGGCCAAGGCCCGCAGGCGGCUGCGCGAGCAGAAGCGGCUGGCCAUGGAGAAGGGCCGCGUGCGCGACGUGCUGGUCGCCAGCACCGCCCGCUCCCUCAACGUCGCCACGGGCGAGAUCGAGGAGGUCCCCGACGUCGCCCCCGGCGAGGCCGCCACCACGGGCGAGAUCCUCGCCGGCGAGAAGAGGCUGCGCAAGGUCGCCCAGCGCGGCGUCGUCAAGCUGUUCAACGCCGUGCGCGCCGCCCAGGUCAAGGCCACCGAGGCCGAGAGGGCCGCCCGCAAGGAGGGCGUCGUCGGCGUGGACCGGAAGCAGGAGAAGGUCACCGAGAUGAGUCGGAAGGGGUUUCUGGAUCUGAUCGCGAGCGGUGGUGGGGGGUUGAAGAAGGGCGGCUUGGAAGAGGCGUAGGGCUCGUGUGGCAUGGUUUCCGCGGCCGGGUAAUUUGACUUUUCUUUGGCUUCGACUGCUGUUUUCAGAGCAGAGUCUCUGGUUAUCUAUGUACGAUCCUUCCCCGUGGGGGUGUUCACUAUCGUACAUGUACAUUGUAUCCGCGGAGAUCGCGUCUUCA